AUGUUCCAAGAAGCGUCUCCACCGAAGGAACAAAUGUUGGCAACAAGCGUAGGUAUUCCUUUGGUGUUGGCGCCGAAAAUGGAAACACGGUUCCCGAUAUUGUUUCAAGUUUUGUUGCCAACACUAGAUACAAAAGAUUGGCGAAUUGGAAAUAAAGGGCGCCUAAAACUAUGUGCCCCUCGUAAGAAGAAGUUGAAAAGAACAUUGAGAGGAUGGUUCAUGAAUAAAGAAAACAUUCCUCCUGUACUGGAUACGUCCCAACCAUCACCUCGUGAGUCAUUUAAACAAGUCGUCGUGCAAGCCCAAGUGCAUGAGACUACUUUACGACAAGACAAGGCUUUACGGUGGAAAAAUAUACUUUUAGAAAACGAUCCUUGCGAUCAGACUGGUCCCGGAGAAAUAUCAACUCAAACUGAUUGGGAUAUCAUAGAAUCAGACGUUGAUUUUGCUCGUUACACGCCGAUUUCGGCCACGCAGGAAGAAUCGAUAUCAACCACACAAGAAUAUAACAAAUCCAGUGCCUCAGAACCCGAUUCAGAUAAAUACAAUUUUUCUUUUGAAACUGACAACUGUGAUAACAGUGAUUGUGCGAAUUUAGAAGGAAAUAGAAUAGUGAAUAUUGCUUAUCUAUUUCAACAAUUGAAAAAUAUUAGGCAUGAUCCAUUUGAAUGUAAUUUUCAGCACUUAGAAUUUAUAAGGGAAAACAGAAUUGCGUUUUACUCACAAUUUGUUUUCAAGUGCAAAUUUUGCAACAAAAUAGAAAAGAUUGAAUCUCAACAGUCUAAUAAAGAAUCUAAAGACAUACCUAUUAAUUUAAAUGUAAUCGAGGGUAUUUCACAAACUGGCAAUGGGUGGAGCCAGCUUGAUGAGUUAUGUUAA